AUGGAGUUAUUCUCAUGGAUGCGAAUAUUAUCAUGGAAAGUCGAAGAUCUCCUCCGAUCUGAGGUACGACUUCUGGAGCGGACUUCACUGAUGAAAAUGGAGGUGAUUCGAGACGAGAGCUGUGCCCGUGAACCCUGCCCAUACUAUCAGAAAUGUCGUCAGACGCUGAAACACGUCAACGCCUUUGAUGUUUAUCAGACGGACAGCUUUAUGGCGAGAACGUUGAAAACGUUGAAGACAUUCGUAUGUGAAUGUCCCGUUGGAUUUGCC